AUGAGGCAGUACGAGGAUCCGCCGGAGGAGAUCUCCCACCCCGCGCACCGGGGACACAUUCUCAAGCUGGUGACAAACGCCGGCACGACGUUCGUCUGCGACGGCUGCAAGGAGCCGGGCGACGGGGCCAGGUACACCUGCGACUGCUGCGAGAGCCCCAGCUUUGACCUUCACCCGCCCUGCGCCCUCGCGGACGAGGACACCACUCUGGAGCACCCGCUGUUCCGCGGCAGCAAGUUCGUGCUCCUCCCGGAGCCCCCGGCCCCCGUCGACGGCACGGUCUGCGACGCCUGCGGCGAGCCCGCGCGCGGUCUCGUGCACCACUGCUUCGAGGACGACUUGGACCUCCACCCUUGCUGCGCGCGCCUGCCGGACCGCAUCCUCCAGGACGGCCGCGUCUUCGAGCUCCGCCGGAAGACGUCCGGGGCGUGUGGCCUGUGCGGCGGCGACAGCGGGCGCCGCCGCAACAAGUUCUGGGCGUACCGCUCCUACUUUGACGGCGAGGCCAUGGACCUGCACGUCGCGUGCAUGAAGGACAUGGCUCGCCUCAGCUGGGAGGCGUCCUACCAGAGCCGGAGCGGCGGCGGCCAGAUCGUUCUGGCGAGCCUGCCCAACAUUGAGCGCACGCUGCAGAGCUUGCCCGUCAACAAGCGGAGGAAGAGUGGGUUCGACCACUUCGUCAAGAUCGUACGCACGGUGGCGGGCAUCAUCAUCGCCGUCAUCUUCGGAAACCCCGUGGCCAUGAUUGCUGCCAUAGCGGGGCCUGGUGGUCUUCUGCGUGGUUAG